AUGGAGAACAAAAAGCUGUCUAAUCAGCUGCCCGGUGGUCGAGUGGGUAACAUGCUUGCGUUCUGCUCACGAGAUCUCGGAUUCAAACCCCAUUUGGGUCGAUGGAUUCGCACUGCUGAUAAGACCCAACCAGACUCUCAUCUGACCGCCUACAUGGAACGACUAAUCAAGGGAGCUCUUGCGUUCACCAGGGGCGGACAACGGGAGUUUAUCAAACAUGUCAAUGCGGGCUAUACCCCGGCAGGUGUGCUUCUUUCGUGUGUUGAUGCCCGUGUCUUUCCCUCGAAGAUUUUGGGUGCUCAACCGGGUGAAUUGCUCAUAUUGCGAAACGCCGGUAACUUCGCGCCCGAGCAUGGCGAAGGUGGUUCGAACACGGUGCUGAGCACGCUGGAGUUAGGUUGCUUGCAUGGGAAAGUAAAGGACGUGGUGAUAUGUGGUCACUCUGAUUGCAAGGCAAUGCACUUGCUCUGCAGUAUUGGCUCGAAAGUCACCGAUGGUCAACUGGUCGAGAAACAGAUGAGUCCAUUACAGAAGUGGGUCGCCGGUCAAGGCAUAAAAUGUUGGAAAAAGUGGCAAAGCAAAACCAAUGCAGUACGAUUUCCGGCUUUCAAAGAGGAACAGCUCAUACUGAACAUGCGUUCGGAUUUGAUUAAAAAUCUCGAACCAGUAGACAUAAUUUCCCAGAUCAAUGUGCUCCAACAGAUGUCCAACGUUUACGCCUAUCCCUUGCUGGCUGAGAAGCUUGCUGCCAAAGCUCUGCGAGUACAUGGCUUCUGGUUCAGUGUCCAUGCAGGUCAAAUGUAUGUGUACAAUCCGCAGAGAGAAGGUUUUGUACCAAUCACAGAGGAGACCCUGGCUGAAUUGGUUCGCGAGUCCGCCAAAUAG